UUACAAGUACAGUUACAAGUACAGUUACAAGGACAGUUACAAGGACAGUUACAAGUACAGUUACAAGAACAGUUACAAGUACAGUUACAAGAACAGUUACAAGUACAGUUACAAGGUCAGUUACAAGUACAGUUACAAGGACAGUUACAAGUACAGUUACAAGUACAGUUACAAGUACAGUUACAAGGACAGUUACAAGGACAGUUACAAGGACAGUUACAAGGACAGUUACAAGGACAGUUACAAGGACAGUUUCAAGAACAGUUACAAGAACAGUUACAAGGACAGUUACAAGGACAGUUACAAGGACAGUUACAAGUACAGUUACAAGGACAGUUACUAGGACAGUUACAAGGACAGUUACAAGGACAGUUACAAGGACAUUUACAAGGACAGUUACAAGGACCGUUACAAGGACAGUUACAAGGACAGACAGUUACAAGGACAGUUACUAGGACAGUUACAAGUACAGUUACUAGUACUGUUACAAGUACAGUUACAAGUACAGUUACAAGUACAGUUACAAGUACAGUUACAAUUACAAGGUCAGUUACAAGUACAGUUACAAGGACAGUUACAAGGACAGUUACAAGUACAGUUACAAUUACAAGGACAGUUACAAGGACAGUUACAAGUACUGUUACAAGGACAGUUACAAGUACUGUUACAAGGACAGUUACAAGGACAGUUACUAGGACAGUUACAAGUACUGUUACAAGGACACAUCAAGAACAAGAACAAGAACAGCAACAAGAACAGUAUCAAGAACAGCAUCAAGAACAAGAACAGCAACAAGAACAACAACAAGAACAGCAACAAGAACAUUAA